AUGACGCAACGCGAUGCUGGAAUUGUGCUCGGGAUAGUAGAGGGUGAUUCGCCAGUGAAACGCACAGAAGCAAUUUGGGGCAAAGAAAAUCAUUCUAUUUAUGAUCAGGCAUUGACUGCUACAUUCUGCUCAGUUGCAGAGAAGCCUUGCAAACGCAAUCCAUUGAGUAAAGCAAUAAUAACUGAGAUAACUUGGCGUGGAAAUCUAAAUGUGCCUCAAACAUCACGAAUACUGGCGUCGUAUACAGUCCCAUCAGAAGCGAGAGUGCUUGCUGACCUAUUCUGGAGACGGGAAAAGAUUGUGGUACAAUUUCACGUGCUUGCUGGAAGAAAUGGAGUUGGUUGUGCCAGCAAAAUACUUGUCAAGGAGCGUCCAGAAGAAAAGCUAAUCAUCUGUGUAUUUAGAAAAACGGGAAGGAAGAAAUUCAACAAUUUCGAAGAAGAGCGUUCUAAAGAAAUCAGAGAAGAGCAAACUAACAUUAUCGAUGAAAAGCAUUCCAACAGCGCAGAUGAUAUCGUGUUGGCUUGA